AUGUUGCAUUUUGGAAAUAAUCUUCCCAAGAAUUUUCAAACGUGGCAAUAUAAAUAUCCAUGGUUGAUAUCCAAUAGCGAUAAUAAAGCCGUUUGCAAAACUUGCAUUGAAGCUACAGAAAAAAAUGUGACUCUUCCAACUGACUAUCGUUCUGCACCUUCUAAAGAAGCUUUUGUUGUCAACGGGUAUAAUAAUUGGACGAAUGCUGUUAGAGGAUUUAAAAAUCAUGAAAGCAGCAACUUUCACCAAAGUGCGAUACUAGGGCUUUCGAAUAAGAAAACGAUUGUGGAGUCUCUUAGUUCUGCAAAACUUAAGGAAAUGCAAGAAGCUCGUAUCGCUCUUCAAAAAAUAUUCACUACAGUUCUUACGAUAGCCAAACAAGGGUUAGCUCUUCGAGGUGGAGAUAAUGAUGAACACUCUAAUUUGCAACAGUUUCUGAUGAUGCGAACGGAAGAUGUCCCGGAAUUAAAAAAAUGGCUAGACAAAUCUCGUUCUGGAUAUACCUGGACUCAUCAUGACAUAAUCAAUGAAAUGUUACAAAUCAUGGCUCAUGAGAUCAUACGCAAAUAUCUUCUGGAGAUUAAAACAGCAAAACAAUACGCUUUGAUUUGUGAUGAAACAUCAGAUAUUUCUAGACAAGAGCAGAUAUCGAUAUCUGUAAGAAUAGUUCCUGACAACUUAUCAGUGAAAGAAAUAUUUCUUGGAUUUUAUGCGACCACUGAUACGAAAUCAGAUACAUUCUUCACUAUAAUUCAAGAUUUCCUUCUUCGAUUCAACUUAAAUAUGUUUGAUAUGAGAGGGCAAUGUUACGACGGUGCGUCUAAUGUUAGUGGCCGAUUAACAGGUCUUCAAGCCAGAAUUCGUGACAUAAAGCCACGUGCACUGUAUGUUCACUGUGUAGCACAUAAACUAAAUCUAGUGGUUCAAGAUGGAUUAGAAAAUGUUUUAUAUGCGAAAAGUUUUAUCGGAACCGUAAAAGAUCUAAUAAAUUUCAUCAGAGAUUCUCCAAAACGACUAGCGAUAUAUAAGAAUCUUCAAUCUGAAAAUGCUCCAAACCUCUCUCCAUUUUGCCCAACAAGAUGGUGUAUGAGAGUAAAGUCGUUAAAAAUUCUUAAAGAAAAUUACGAAGCUACAAUUUCAUUCUUCGAAGAUGUUAAAAAUGGAGUUGACACUGAGGCUUCUGCGGCGUCUAAAGCGUCAGGGUUUUUUAAACAAAUGGAGGAUUUUGAAUUUUAUUUCUUUUUGGUGAUUAUGAUUGAUAUCUUCGAAAGAGUUGAGCAAUUAAAUAAAGAGUUACAAAAAGUUGAACUCCAAAUUAGCGAGUCAUAUCAAAAAAUUUUGGCGAUUCAAAACUCAUUUCAGCAAUUACGCAAGUCCGAGUCAAGUUUCAAUACUAUUUGGAGUAAAAUCAUCGCAGAAGCCAAAAAGAUGGAAUUAUCCGAGCCCAAGAUUCCUAAACUGCGUAGAGCUCCUAAACGACUUGACCCUAACACUACUAAUAACCAUACCUUUACUACCGCGGAAGAAUAUCACAGGAAGUUAUAUUUCGAAAUUUUGGAUCAAGUUAUCACGUCUAUGAAUGAUCGUUUUCAUCCAAAAACUAUGCAUUUUUUAAAUGAAAUCGAGGAUUUUAUUAUUGGAAAAGAAGUUGAUGUUCAGAAGAUAAUUUCGUUUUAUAAUCGUCCUAUGUCUAAAAAUGAGUUCAACGGAGAUCAACUUCGCUUACAUCGAUCAAUGUUGUUGGACGUUAUGAAGCAAAAAAACGUGUAUCCAACUUCA